GUUCAUUUAUCUCUGUGAAAACAACUAAUGUGCUGUACUUAUAUCCGUAUCGGCAUCAAUGACGUCAUUUAAUUCUAACAAUGCUAGCUUCCGAUACAGACAUCAAAGAAACAAUACUCAGUAAACAUGAUGACAUAAUCAGUAUAUUUGUUAAUGGCGGUAAACUUCCUAGAAGUCUACGUGAGACAGUUGACAAACACCACAAAAGGCUGAUAGAAAAAAGAAAGGAAUUUUCGGAAGAAUUGUGCCAGGUGGUCGUUUCUGGAGAAAUUUCGGCGGGAAAAUCCUCACUGCUGAACUUCUUAAUCGGGAGGGAUGUUCUUCCAACGUCGGUGAGAGAGAGCAGAAGUGUAACAUGUCGUCUGCGUUACGGUACCGAGAAAACCGCCAAAUUGAUUGAUGAUUCUGGAAACGAGAUAGACGACUUAAAGUAUGAUGAGAGCAAUGAGGCGUUAGACAGGUUAAAGAAAUUAAUAAAAGGAGAUGAAUUUGUGCAAGGCCUUUCGUAUAUUGACAUCUUUCUUGAGGAAGUUUCCUUACAGGGUAAUGUGGUGCUCGUUGAUACACCAGGGAUAAAGGAAGAGAUCGACGAUGACAACUCUCAGUUGUUUACUCAUCUCCGGAAAGCCUCGGCAUUUAUCUAUAUCCUCAAAACAGAUAGUAAUCUAGGAACGCACAAGCUUUUUAGAAUAAAGAAAAAGGUUCAAGAGUUAAAGCAAGAUGGAUACACAGAGCUGUGCUCAGAAUGCAUGCUUUACGUAUGCAACCGAUGGGACCAGGUAGACGAUUCCGAGGCCGAGGAAGUAUUCGAUGAGGUUCUGUCUAGAUUAAGAAGUAACGGAAUUGAAGUCAGAGAGGGACAACUGAUGAAGCUUAGUGUCAAAAAGGAAAAGAAAAGACAAAGUAAAGGAAAACCCCUUUCGGAUCAAUACAAGCUAUUCAUAGAUAAACUCCGUGGACUGAUCAGUCUUGCAGUAAGGGAUAGGUACAGAAGGGAGUGCCAAUGGCUGGAGAAGGCUUUAAAUGACGUUAUCUCUCAUGGGACAAUUGUUCUCAAAACAUUAUCAAAAACUGUAGAUGAAAGAAAAAGACGGAGGACUGAAUAUGAAGAGUCUGUCGUAUCACUAAAAGAGGCAUUAGAUACGCCUAAACGAAACUACUGUCGGGAAAUCAUCAACAUAUACACAACCCUAGCCGCAAAUUUGCAUAAACACUUGCGAACAGAAGAAUUCUGUUCUAAAAUAAUUGAAAAAUGCAAGUCAGAGAUGGAGCGAGAACGAUCUAGUCUGAGAACAAAAACACUUGAAGAAUUAGAAAAAGUCGCAGUAAAAACGUUUCAGCAGAUAAUUAACGAAGAAAUUACACGAUGGCGAGAAACGAAUGACGUAGACAACGCAUGUGCACCAGUCUGCGAGAAGGUUCUUCGAAGUUUUCGCAUGCUAGAGAAGAAUGUUGAAAAAGGACUGGUUGAAUCACGUAAAAGCUCUUGCCCUGAAAUAUCUUUUAAACAUAUGGAAAGUGCCCAAGUUCCCGUCAAUGAAAUUAGUGAAAAUUACCCAAGUAGAACAUUUACAGAAAAUGUCGAGAGAGAAUACUCUGGGUUAUCAUACAUUAUGGCCCAAGCCCCAAUCAUCGCAAAAGAAACAUUAGAUAUACUAGAUAAUGCUGCAGAAGAAAACAGUACACUUGUCAAAAAAUCAUCGUCCACAAUGAACUCUGCGCAAGUUCCGCUUUCUGUGGAGAAUCGAACACCUAAAGGCAAAGAAAAUGACCUGGACGAGGACACUAGACUACUGAUAACUAAUCCAUCCUCCGUGCGAUCAGCCCAAGUCCAUGUACCCGACGAGGAACUGGAAAUGAUACGCAUGCGUAUAGAAAAGGGAGAUGGAGAAGACACUCAGUUAUUUACAAAAGGUGAGAAGGUCGGACUGGCUCUGACGGCCCCCCUCUGGUUUCCAAUUGCUGUCACAGCUAGUGUGUUUGUGGUGCCAGUGAGUGCUUUCAAAGUACUAUCUAAAAAGUUUUCUGAACAGAAAGCGGAAUCAAACUUCCGAGAAGUCACCGACAAGCGCAACCUAGCGGAGCUUCUUCAAGAAAUUUAUAAGUCGGAUACUUUUAGCGAAGCCCGAUUUAACGAUGAAUUUGAAAGAAAUUCGAUUCGCUUGUUUAACCAGUGGUUACAUCAACAACAUGAAGCGUCCAUACAGGUUAUUGAAGACAUUUCAACAACUCUACAACAACUAGCCGAAACUGAGAAAUUGGAGAGCGAGGACAAACAAUCCGUAGAAAGGUUUCUACAACAACUUAAAGAAUGUCAAGAAGAAUGUUGUGUUAUUUCAGAAAAGUGCUGCAAUUCAUUAAAUCAAGGAUCAUUGAGUUAAUAUAAUAUCACCUGCAGUUUAAUGUUGCAUGAUUCGUAUGAACAGUUUCUAAAACAAGGCAAGCUACUGACAAACACGUUGAUAAAAAAGGACUAUCAACAGUCUCGUUUAAAGUCAUCUUUUCGUAAGUUCUAUGUAUCGACCAAAGAACUUACAAAAAAUGACUUCAAACAAGACUGUUGUUAGUCCUUCUAUUUUAAAAUCUUAUCUCAAUUUUUUAUUUGUAAUAAAAUUGAAAACAGCCACCCAGCAGUAUUAAAACUUAUUACUAGUACGCUUAACUAAAAUAUAUAAGGCAUUAACAUAUGAAUACCAUCAGUGCAUAUUCAUGUUGGAUGUUGAUCAAUUACUGUUUUGUUGUAGAGUUUUAAUAUAGCAGGCAUUGCUUUCGGUGUAUAUCGUAAAUUUUGCAUUUUCAUAGCAAUCAGAAAAUAUUCGAGCAUUUUAAGUAUUAAUUUCUUUUUAAUAUAUUCUUUUCUUGCAUCGUGAUGUUUUUUGUGCUUUUUUUUUCAAAUCAAAGCGUAUUAAACAGUUCAGUUAAUGCGAUGGUUUGACCAUGAUUGUUAUUGGCUUUAUGAUGUUUUGAACACAUAAAACCCAACUUAAUUUCAGUUAUUUAGAAUGAUGAGGAUAUCUUUACAGAACGUUGAUGAUCAAUGAAUUACCAAUUUUAUCAUUCUAAAAGUUUCCAAUAUUACAUAUUAUGCCAUAUUUAUCAUUUUGUUAAAAUAAAAUCCAAAUAUUUUUGAUUGAAGAAUUAAAUAUUGUACAGAGCUCUUCAUCCCAUGAAGAUUGAUAUGGUCUCAAAGAUGGCCGCGUUCAUGCAGCCUUGUUUACGUUCUUGAAAUGUACACUCCUGACAUGUAUAUAUAGAUACUUUUAUUUGAAAGUCUUAUCAUAGUCCAAAUUUUGUAAAUAUAUGUGAAUAAAUCUAAAUUAAUUAUUUCGUUGUUCAUUACUGAGUUGUGUAUAUAAAUAAACGCUAAUAUAUGUAUAA